AUGUGACGUAACGUUUGGACGUUUCUUAGAACGUUUCUCCCAGACGGCUGCAGCCUUGUUUUUGAGCUCGUCUUCAACUUCUCGCGUGCGUGUCUUCCACCUGAGUUGUACGCAGUGGUGCAGUUUUGCACAGUUUUACUAGCGAUUCUACACAGACACUGUUGUCCGAACGUGUGCGCGCUGGAGGGCAGCUUCUCUGGUCCAGCCGAUCGCUCGCUCGCUCAGUCAGUGCCUUAGCUUAGCGGCUCAGCGUUAGUGAGUGUCUUUCUCCGCGCCCCUGCGGCGGAAGCAGAGUGUAAGUCAUGGUGGUCGUUCCGCGGCAGCGCUGCUGCUUCACGCUGUUAUGGCGAGCAGGGAGUUGUGUGUCAAUGCGCGCUGUUCGGACAUCGGUUUGCAGCGCUUCCGGUUUUCCGCUGGAAGAUGGAGGAGGGAGGAGUUCGGUGAGGGUGAGGUUCGCUCCGAGUCCCACAGGUUUCCUGCACUUGGGAGGACUACGCACGGCCCUCUACAACUACCUUUUUGCCAAAAAGCACAGGGGGACGUUCAUCCUAAGGAUGGAGGACACAGAUCAGAGUCGCCUUGUUUCAGGGGCUGCGGAGAGCAUCGAAGAUAUGCUUGAAUGGGCGGGAAUCCCCCCUGAUGAAAGUCCCCGUAAAGGGGGUGAUUUUGGCCCUUAUCUGCAGUCUCAAAGACUAGAGAAGUACAGACAAGCAGCUGAGACCUUAGUACACACCGGGAAUGCCUAUUAUUGUUUCUGCAGCCCACAGAGACUGGACCUGUUAAAGAAAGAGGCACUCCGGAGUAGGCAGAACCCUCGGUAUGAUAAUAGGUGCAGACAUCUCCAUUCUGACCAAGUGGCAGAGAAACUUGCCAGUGGGCAGCCACGUGUGGUCCGGUUCCGCCUGCAGGAGGGUGUGGAGCCCUUUGAGGACAUGGUAUUUGGCUGGAACAGGCACGAUGUGGCUGCCUUUGAAGGGGAUCCUGUUAUCAUAAAGGCGGACGGUUUUCCCACAUACCACCUGGCCAAUGUAGUUGACGAUCAUCACAUGCAGAUCAGCCAUGUUUUAAGGGGCUCAGAGUGGCUAAUUUCCACCUCCAAACAUCUUCUGAUGUACAAGGCGUUUGGGUGGAAGCCUCCUGCAUUUGCACAUCUGCCCCUCUUACUGAAUAAAGACGGCAGCAAGCUCUCUAAGCGACAGGGUGACAUCUUCAUAGAGUAUUAUGUCAAAAAAGGGUCUCUGCCUGAAGCACUGCUUGAUCUCAUUACAAACUGUGGGUCAGGAUUCGCAGAUAAUCGCCCAGGCAGGCAGCUGAAUGAACUAAUUUCACAUUUUGAUGCCUCAAGACUAAUGACUCAUUCUGCUAUGUUGGAUCUGGAUAAACUACCUGAGUUUAACAGGAUCCAUUUGCUGCAGAGAAUUAACAGCAAGGAGAAGUGUGAGUUCCUUGUGAAGGACCUGCAGGACCUUAUUAGACAGGCCUAUGGAACAGAAACCCAGGAAGGGGGUGUUCUUGAGAGCGGGUACAUCAGGCGUAUCCUUCAUCUUCGAAAGGGCCACAUAACUUGCCUGAAGGAUCUGGUGACGCCUGAUUACACCUACCUGUGGGUAAGACCCUCUGUCCCACGGGAGCAGCUUGAGAACGUCUGCGCAGAAUCCCAGGCUAUUGCAGCACUUACUAUGGAGAUGAUUAGGAAACACAGCAAAGAAUUAUCUAUGGAGUGGCUUAACAUGGAGUUGAAAGAAUUGCCAAAAAAAUUAAAGGUGGUCCAGUACAGUACAGUGAUGAAGGCACUUCGGUUAGCCUUAAGUGGCCUACAGCAAGGACCAAGUGUUGCUGAAAUGAUGGUGUCUUUGGGACCCAUUGAAAUCUGUCACCGCUUACAGAGAGUAUUGGAAUGCUGAUUUGAAACAGUGAUGAAUGUUUAGUUGUUCACCAAUACAUCCAUAAAAAAAUGUGCCUUGUUCGAAAAUACAAAAGAUUAUUAUGAAUUAGAGUAUGCUUAAUGAUUUACUGUAAACUUGAACCACACACAGAAUAUUACCUUGUUUUAGAGGUAUCAGUUUGACAGAUUUUUUUCCCCAAACCACAUGCAUUGAUAGUUUAUAGUGUUUUCUUUUAAGAUAUAAUUACUCUUUGUUUCCUGUGCUUUACAUUGUUUGCUCUGUAGAAUAUUUUACUGUACCAGCUGUGAUGUACAAUACAAGUGAAGCACAGAUCAAUGUGCAGUGCUAUGUGAAGGAACAAACUAAAACAAAUUGAGCUGGAAAACCUUCAGAUCACAGUAAAGCUUCAUUUUGAGAAUUGAAUUUGAUACAUUCUGUUUGGCACAGAAGCUGCAGUGCCUGGUCAGUCAGCAACAUUUGCAAGUCUUGUACUUCAUCAACACACACACACGCACACACAGAGUCUGAGGAGCCAGAGCCUAACGUGGCAGCGCAG